AUGCCAUCCUCACGACUAAUCACCCGCUCUUCACGAGCUCUUCUCACAUUCCAACGCCCAACUUAUCGCUGCCUCAGCGUCUCCGCAGCUCGCAACAAUGAGUUUGAGGCUCUCAACAAGCGUACCAACGACACCUCAGAAGCAUAUCGCAAAUUCCAGAAGGAAAAGCCAUUGAAUCCGCAUCUGACGAACACCACGUCCACUAUCGCAAAUGCGAUGCCAUCUGUUGGCAACGAUGCGCCACCGCCUGAGCUCAUCACAAACGUCGAUCCCAAAUUCACGCCCAAGGAUUCUGUGCCAGAGAAUACGCACAGGAUGACGGGAGGUGCGCAGAGUAGCAAAGCAGAUCAGAGCCGCAAACGGGGCACCCUAGAAAGUGAUCUCCUUCUCAGCACCUUCGCUGACGCCAAACUUGCCACUAUGUCUACCUCCCUCAUGAAGCAAUACGACAUCUUCCUCGACGAAAACGACUGGGACAUAUACUACUGGGCGACGCAAGUGCCUUCUCAGACCUCUCUUGAGACGGCGGAGGGCGCAGGCGGCGACCUUGCUACUGCGGCGGCGCAGGGCAAAGAUAUUCAGACGAAGGACGAGUGGAAGCGGGAACCUGCUACUGGGGAAUGGGCGCAGACUGUGGGCACGUUCAAGCCAGCAUACCGACCUGUGCCAAGUCGGUGGAAGGGCAGUGAGAUCUUAUCGUUGCUGAGGCGUCAUGUUAAGGAAAGGAGUGCGGGCGGUGUUAUGGAAGGCGAGGGGGCGACGAAGGCCGAAACAGAAGGUAAGGGGUUGGGAAUGAUGCCUCCUAUUCGGAACUUCGAUCAGGCUUAG